CCCGGAAGCGACGUGAAAGGGAACCAUCAGCUGAGAGGAGAAGAGCCGUUUGGACAGAGACAGAAAGUGUUCCCAGGGUUCCUUCAUUAGUUCCUUCAUAGGUUCUUUCAUAAGUUCCUGUAGAUGAACCAUGGCCGCUGAUAUUUUCUCCUACGAAAGUUUAGUUCACGCUGUUUCCGGAGCCGUGGGAAGUGUGACUGCUAUGACCGUCUUCUUCCCUCUGGACACCGCCAGACUGCGGCUUCAGGUGGAUGAAAAGAGGAAAGCCAGAUCUACUCCAGCCAUCCUGGCAGAAAUCAUCAGAGAGGAAGGACUACUGGCUCCUUACAGAGGAUGGUUCCCAGUCAUCUGCAGCCUGUGCUGCUCCAACUUCGUCUACUUCUACUGCUUCCACUGGAUGAAGGGCGGCUGGUUGAGGGGGAGGCCGUCAACACCCGGCACCGACCUGCUCAUAGGCAUCGCUGCAGGUGUGGUGAACGUCCUGGUGACCACGCCCCUGUGGGUGGUGAACACCAGGCUGAAGCUCCAGGGCUCCAGGUUCCGCAGCGCAGACCUUCAGACCACCAACUACUCUGGGAUCCUGGAUGCGUUUGAGCAGAUCUUCAGGGACGAGGGUCUGGGGGCUCUGUGGAACGGGACCUUCCCGUCUCUGCUGCUGGUUCUGAACCCAGCCGUCCACUUCAUGAUAUACGAAGGCCUGAAGAGGCAGCUGAGGAGAGGAGCCCCCAGGGAGCUCACGUCUCUGGAGGUUUUCAUCAUCGGAGCCGUGGCUAAAACUGUGGCCACGACCGUCACUUACCCACUGCAGACGAUCCAGUCCAUCCUCAGGUUUGGUCAGUUCAACGCGUCCACAGAGAGCUCCAGGCUGGCGUCCAGACUGGCGUCCAGCCUGAGGACGGUGAAGAGUCUGCUGGUGAACAGGGCCAGGAAGUCUGGUGUGUUGGGUCUGUUCAAAGGUCUGGAGGCCAAGCUGCUGCAGACGGUGCUGACGGCCGCCCUCAUGUUCCUCCUCUACGAGAAGAUCGCCAGCGCCACCUUCAGGGUCAUGGGGCUGAACAGCAACUACUACAAGAAACGCUAAUAACACAGAGCACUGAACUCCUCACACUGUAAAUACUCCGUCCACUAAAAACCUGUGUCUGUAAAAUGUUGUUACAACAGUAAAAGAUUAUUUUCAGUUCCA